CAGAGUUCAGACUCCAUUUUACCUGGACAGAGCAGGAAGAGGGAACUUGAAGGGUGAGGCAGACUGACUGAGGUCCUGAAGAUGAGUGAUUGGGUGGAGGACGAGGAGGACAGAGCAGAGUCUCCAGGAUCCUCCUGUCUGUCUGUGAAGAAUGACCAGUCCAAAGAUCUUGAUCCUCCAGAACUCAGUACUGAACCUGGAGCCUCAGACACGCAAGAGAAGAGAAGUGGUGUGUCCAUGGAGGAGCAGCUGUCCUGCUGUGCUCUGUGUCAGGGGGUCCUGAAGGAUCCAGUCUCUACCAGCUGUGGACACUGGUUCUGCAGACCGUGCUUCACCUCGUACUGGGACCAGUCUGGUUCUGCAGGAGACUCCUCCUGUCCCCAGUGUCGACAAAGACGCCGAACGAGACCUGGACUGCAGACAGCCAGUCAGACCAGCACUGAACAAACAGAUGGUGGUCUGCAGGAGGUUUUAGAUCAACAUAAGAUCAGUGUGAGGAGCAGAUGUGAGCGUGUGACUGAAGGAACUGAUGGAAGAGGAAGUGGAACCCUCCUCAACAGGAUCUACACUGAGCUCUACAUCACAGAGGGACAGAGUGAAGAGGUUAAUACCCAACAUGAGGUGAGGCAGCUGGAGACAACUUCCAAGAUGGAGACCCUCCAUGACGCUCCAAUCAGGUGCCACGACAUCUUUAAGGCCUUACCUGACCAACAGAGACACGACAUCUCUGAAGCCUUACAUGACCGACAGAGACCCAUCAGAGUGGUUAUGACUAACGGCGUCGCUGGGAUUGGAAAAACCUUCUCAGUACAGAAGUUCUCUCUGGACUGGGCAGAGGGCUUGGAGAACCAAGAUGUCAGUCUGCUGGUUCUGCUCUCGUUCAGGGAGCUGAACCUGAUCAGAGAUCAGCAGUACAGUCUUCUCAGGCUGCUCCAUGUUUUCCAUCCAACAUUACAGAAGGUCACAGCAGAGCAGCUCGCUGUCUGUAAAGUUCUGUUCAUCUUUGACGGCCUGGAUGAAAGCAGACUGUCACUGGAUUUCAACAACAGGGAGAUUGUGUCUGAUGUCACACAAAAGUCAUCAGUCAAUGUUCUGCUGACAAACCUCAUCAGGGGGAAUCUGCUUCCCUCAGCUCUCGUCUGGAUAACUUCCAGACCUGCAGCGGCCAAUCAGAUCCCUCCCAGAUGUGUUGACAGGGUUACAGAAGUACGAGGCUUCACUGACGCUCAGAAAGAGGAGUACUUCAGGAGGAGAUCCAGUGAUGAAGAUCUGUCCAGCAGAAUCAUCUCACACGUCAAGACGUCCAGGAGCCUCCGCAUCAUGUGUCAAGUCCCAGUCUUCUGCUGGAUCACUGCUACAGUUCUGGAGCACAUGUUGACCACAGACCAGACAGGAGAGCUGCCCCAGACCCUGACUGACCUGUUCUCACACUUCCUGCUGGUUCAGACAAAGAGGAAGAAGCACAAGUAUGAUAAAGGACAUGAGACGAGUCCACAGGAGCUGAUGGAGGCUGACAGGGAAGUUCUUCUGAAGCUGGGGAGGCUGGCGUUUGAACAGCUGGAGAAAGGAAACAUCAUGUUCUACCAAGAAGACCUGGAGCAGUGUGGUCUUGAUGUCACAGAGACCUCUGUGUACUCAGGACUUUGUACUGAGCUCUUCAAAAGAGAGUGUGUGAUCUUCCAGAAACCAGUCUACUGCUUUGUUCAUCUGAGCGUUCAGGAGUUUCUGGCUGCAGUCUACAUGUUCUACUGUUAUACCAACAGGAAGACAGAAGUCCUGAAGAACUUCUUGGGAGAAGACUCUGAUUAUUACAACAGUUACACCAACACGAACACAGGGGUCCUGAAGAACUUCCUGACAGAAGACUACAAAUACAGGGACUUAACUCCAAAGUCUUUUUUAAAGUUUUCUGAAAUGUUUGGAAAUGAUCAUCCAUCUCUGGAUGUCUUCCUGAUGGCAGCCAUAGAGAAAUCCCUCAAAAGUGAAAAUGGUCACCUGGACCUGUUUGUUCGCUUCCUUCACGGCCUCUCUCUGAAGUCCAACCAGAGACUCUUGGGAGGUCUGCUCGGUCAGACAGAGAACAGUCCAGAAAUCAUCCAGAGAGCCAUCAACAACCUGAAGGAUAUGAACAGUGACAAAAUCUCUCCUGACAGAAGCAUCAACAUCUUCCACUGUUUGACGGAGAUGAACGACCACUCAGUUCAUCAGGAGAUCCAAGAGUUCAUGAAUUCAGAGAACAGAUCAGAGGAGAGACUCUCUGAGAUCCACUGCUCAGCUCUGGCCUACAUGAUGCAGAUGUCAGAGGAGGUUCUGGAUGAGUUGGACCUGGAGAAGUUCAACACAUCAAAGGAGGGACGACGGAGACUGAUCCCAGCUGUGAGGAACUGCAGAAAGGCUCGACUUGCUGACUGUGGACUCUCAGAGACUCACUGUGAAGUUGUGGCCUCAGCUCUGAAGUCCAGUCCCUCCCAUCUGAUAGACCUGGACCUGAGUGUAAACAACCUGAAGAAUUCAGGAGUUAAGAUUCUUUCUGCUGGACUGGAGAGUCCAAACUGUAGAUUGGAGACUCUGAGAUUAGAGGGCUGCAGUUUGUCAGAGGUCAGCUGUGCUUCUCUUGUCUCUGCUCUGAAGUCCAACCCCUCCCAUCUGAGACACCUGGACCUGAGCUACAACAACCUGCAGGAUUCAGGAGUGAAGGAUCUGUGUGGUUUUCUGGAGAGUCCAGACUGUAGACUGGAGACUCUGAGAUCGAGUCACUGCUGGUUGUCAGAGAUCAGCUGUUCUCCUCUGGCCUCAGCUCUGAAGUCCAACCCCUCCCAUCUGAGAGAACUGGACCUGAGCUACAACAACCUGCAGGAUUCAGGAGUGAAGGAUCUGUGUGGUUUUCUGGAGAGUCCAGACUGUAGACUGGAGACUCUGAGGUUGAGGGACUGCAGUUUGUCAGAGAUCAGCUGUGCUUCUCUGGCCUCAGCUCUGGAGUCCAACCCCUCCCAUCUGAGAUACCUGGACCUGAGUGACAACUACCUGCACAAUUCAGGAGUGAAGGAUCUGUGUGGUUUUCUGGAGAGUCCAGGCUGUAGACUGGAGACUCUGAGAUUGAGUCGCUGCUGGUUGUCAGAGAUCAGCUGUUCUCCUCUGGCCUCAGCUCUGAAGUCCAACCCCACCCAUCUGAGAGAACUGGACCUGAGCUACAACAACCUGCAGGAUUCAGGAGUGAAGGAUCUGUGUGGUUUUCUGGAGAGUCCAGACUGUAGACUGGAGAGUCUGAGGGUCAACAGCAGGCUGAUGAAAGCUUCCAGAGACAAAACCUUGAGUGUGCAGCCUGCUGCUGAAGAAGAUUUGUGCUCAGAGGAUCGGUCAUCAUUAAAUAAAGGUGACUCUGAUGUCAAACUGGACCCAAACGCAACAGACACAAAGCUGGAUGUGUCGGAGGGCAACACAAAGCUGGAUGUGUCGGAGGGUGACACAAAGCUGGAUGUGUUUGAGGACCACACAAAGCUGGUGAAGCCUCCAUCAAGCUUCAUGCCCGCACUGCAAACUGAAUCUACACAAGUCUCAUACAGGUUCAGGUGUCCUGGUCCAGGUGGGUUCCAGUGUACUUCAACUGGAUUGGUGUUUGUUAUGGCUCAGGAGGCGGAGCUGCUCUACAGGACUGUCCAAUGGGAUGAGAGUCUCCUCCAAUCAGCUGGCAAGGCGGCUGCAGGGCCGCUCUUUAGUAUCCAGUGUCCUGAGGAUGCCGUCUGUGAGCUCCACCUCCCACACUGUGAAACAAAGGAUGCUGUGCUCUCUGAAGGCCUGCUGUCUGUGGUCCACAUCACUGAUGAUGGAAUGAGCAUCCUCGAACCGCUGGAGAUCACAGACACCCAUGUGAUUGUCAAAGUCCCUCAUCUCUCUUCCUUUGGCCUGGUCUGGGCUUUGGAUGUUUUAUGGAGGAUUUGGAACAACAUGAAAGCAAUUAGUGGCCAAAUUUUGCUGUUCCUCCAACCACCAAACCAAACAGCACAGAAGCAAAGCCUCAAUGUGCAUCUCCUGCCACGCAACGUCCCUCUGGCAGAGGUGGAGGCAAAGCAGGGGGAUUCUGUGUACAUCCAGAAGCCUUCCAAAUGCACACUCAUCAAAGAUCAAAGUUACACUGUUCACUGUCUGAAGGCCCAUAAAGUCCAGCCUGAGAAAGAUGAUUUUGAGCUGGACUUUGGACCAAAUUACCACCCAACAUUUGAGAUCAUCCUGCCUACAAGCACAAAAGAAGCUACUGUAUCUGUCCGAGACCAAACAGAUAUAGAUGUCUGGAAAUGUGAAGUUCACUUGACUGGUCCUGGUCCAGCAGGACCUCAGGGUGUUCCAGUAUGGACUCAGAGUGUCCCAGCAGAAGAGAAGCUGGCGUCUGUUCGUACUCAGUUUAUCGACAGAGUGUCUGGACCUGUCCUACGGGAGCUGCUGGAUAACCUCCUGCAGUCUGGGGUGGUAACUGAUGGUGAAAUGGACUCUGCUGCUGGGACACCGACCAGGGCAGAGAAAGCUCGAGUGGUGAUCGACACGGUGCGAAGAAAAGGAUCACGAGCCAGUUCAGUUCUGAUCGCUGCUCUGCGUGAGGUGGAUCCAUACCUUUCAACAGAGCUGAAGUUAACAUGAAGCAGAAACAGUGUGUGUCAGCGUGUUUGUCUCACAUCAACACAUCUUUGAUACUUUAGUUUUACCUUGAAACUCUCUUUUGUUUAAGAGCAUUAAAAAUCUUGAAACCUUCCAGAGAUGAAGCAGGGUGACCUGAACUGUUCUGGUUCUCAUGAUCAAUUCAGUAACUCAUGUCAGAGGUUUAAUUUGGAGGAAGACUGUUCUGGAAAUGAAAAUCUAUCUUGCUGUGACUCCUUGAAGAUUUGUAUAUUGACUGUAUCUGUACACUUACUGAAUGUUUGCUACUGAAGAUUCAAAAUCAAGUUAUUUUGUUCUAAACAAAUUAUACAAUGUACAUCAGUAAAGAUUUUUAACUUGAAUAAUUUGUUCAUCAAGAUCUGAUGUGCGAUUUAAGUGUUCUCUUAAUUUUAUUGAGCAGUGUAUUUCCUCUUCCUGUCUUUACAUAC